CGUGUGAGAACGAUUUGUCGUUCGUUCAGCCGUGAAAAUAAGGGUCUUUGCUAUUUCCUUUAUUGUCCCGUGUAUAUUUCUCCUAACCUGUUGAAUCGUUAAGAAAGGUAGUGUAGACAUGUUAAGUACAAAAGGAAUGUAUCACAAGUGAAAGGGACUCGAUACAACUUAAAAUGGAUGUGAUUGAUGAAAAUGCUUCCAAAAUGCAACACAGAGAGAAUGCAUCUGAAGGUGCAUUGCAAGAGGUUGCUAGCGCUACGGACACUGAAUUGACGGAGCUUACAACGGAAACCAAAGCGACGCAUUCAGUGGAAACAUCUGUUUGGAGGGACACUGUAGAGAGUGCACCUGUAGAGGAAGUGUUGGAGAAAAGUAUCCAAUUUGACACUGAGGCCCCAGUAGACAUAAAUGACAUUAUUGAAAUACAACCUAAUGACGAAGCAACUUUAUCAGAAGAUGGCAGCUCAAGUGCUGAUAUGUUCAAGGGAGAAGACACAAACAAAAAUGUUUAUCAAGACAAUGGGUCAAAACCAGGAGAUUUUGAUGAAGACAAAAAUAUAAAUGUUAACCUGUCGGGUGAAACAGAUGAUGAAAUUGGUGAUAAUUGUGCUGUAACAAGUAGUUCUGUUGACAAUAAUGACCAGGGGGGAACCGUAGAUGUGGACCAGACAAAAACCUUUGGAAAAGAGAGCGAUGGUCUAGCCAUCACUGGAAAGGAAUCGGAGAAUGUGAAAUAUGCUAAUGAUAAAGGUAUCAACACUGGCAGUAUAACUGAUAGUGCCUCUGAAGAUGAAAAUGCUUCGCAAACUGUUUAUGACACGACAAUCAAUGAUAGUAAUAUCACUGACAAUUUUAUGGAGAAUGGUGAAGAAAAUGGAAUAGUGAUCAACGACAAAGACAUAGUGACAGCUGCCGAUAUGUAUGGUAGGGGGAAACGCUCAAAACCUGAAAGAAAGUCAAUGGAAAAUUUGUCUGAUGAUGAAGACGAUGAGGAAGGGAAUUCUAUAUCUCUUCGAAGCAUGAAAGGUGAACCAAAUUAUGCCAAAAGUCCAUACUCAAGGAGCCCAAACAAAAGAAAAUAUUCAAGUCCAGGGAGAAAACCAAAAACAUCAAGGAAGUUUUUGACUCGUAACUUUGAUGAAGAAAAAGUCCUUUUACCACUAAAAGAAGGAUGGAGAAGAGAAGUGGUGAUCAGGAAUGUGUUUGAUAAGUUUACAACAGCGGGUGGAGUUAAACAGACUCCAGCAGAUGUGUACUACCACCCGCCCAAAGGCAGAAAACUUAGAUCCAUGAAAGAAAUUAUAGAUUACUUAAAAAAAACUUGUUCUCCCUUUACGGAAGACAAUUUUUCACUUCUUCGGCGUCCAAUAUCUGAACCUCCAUAUGAAGUAGUGCGGCAUGCUGGAAAAUCGAAGGGUAGAUCUACUAUGAAAGACGAAGAUUCCUCAUUUGAUACAUCAUUUGACAAGCCAGAAGUUGUGAUAGAAAGAGCAGAUGAUGAAGAAGAAGAAGAUGAAGAAGAAGAAGAAGAAAACAAUGAGGAAGUCAAAAAAGAGAAACCAUUGACCUCAACACCCGUAUCAUCCAUUUUGAAACGUGCAAAGAUAAAAGUGACCCCUAUGAGAUCAACCUUUAAGUUCAAAAGCAGGGGUAGACCUGCCAAAAGCAAGCCACAACCACAUUUCCCAAAAACAAAAAACCUUCUUUAUCGACAUUCAUCAAAACAUGGCUACCAUGGAGUAACAGAGACACUAAUAAAAGAUGUUACCGUGACGAUGCCAGAUCUUUCCAGACAGGAUAGUGACUUAGAUGACUCUAGCAUGACUGAAUUACCCCCAGCAAAGAGAUUCAAGGCUACUGCACGCAAGAGUACUACUCAGAAAUAUUUCAAACCCUCUGCUCGUAAUUCUAGUCAACAAGCAGAGGCCCUAUGUACAUUGUCGUGUCCAGGCCAGGAGAACAUUCCACCCAGUCUCCAGUGUGUGGCAUGCCUGUGUCUGUUCCACCCACACUGUGUGGCCUACACUCCAUCGCAAAACUCACACUUCACUUGCCUGAGGUGUUAUGAUCCGUCUCAACUUCAGCCCAGAACUAAAACCAUCACUGUGAUGAGAGUCGCACCACCCACUCAGAACUCUGUCAAGGCCCCUGUUAUCAAACAGGAACCAGUGGAUCCUGAGCAUCCUCAGAACAACUUGAUCACACAGUCAACUUCUGUGACACCGAAAGAUAUCAACCCCACCCUACUUGAACAUCUACGUACUAGUAUUCUUGAACGACAGAUAAUCUCAACCAUAGCUGGGCAUACUGUGUCCAUUCUGUCUCCUGUGCAGCCAUCUCAGGCUGCUAUGGUUGGGCCUAGACCAAAUGCUUUACCAUCCUCCACAGUAGUAAGCCCUUCCUCUCAAAAUCUUCCUAAUUUGUCGAUACUUUCGGAUCCAAUAAGACGGCCGUCUCUACAAAGAACAAUAUAUAUGACGCCUGCAGGUAUGGUGUCCCACAGCACUGUUACACCCCCGAGUCAUCCCGCUACUGUAUUAGUUCCUGGGGCGUCCUUAUUGGGUUGCAAUGUCCAAGGAGCAGGAACGACUCUGCAGUUGCCUCGACUUGUGGCCCCAUUGCCGCAGAUGCAAUAUGUAUCCCCCACCCCCACCACACCUAGCUUGAGGACACCAGUGCUAUCCAUGAUGCCCCCAAGACUUAUUGCAGCCCCAAAAACACCACCAGUAAUGAUCGUUGAUUCUAAUAAAUCAUCACCAAUCUCGUCACAUUUAACAAAUGGAACCACAUCACAAGAUCUGAAUGGAAAAACGGGUCAGAUAUUGACACUUCCAAGUGCUGUAGCGAAACGAUUGAAUCUUCAGCAGCCUUUAGCACUCAAAAUAAACAACGUUCAGAUAACUGUGCCUCCCUCAUCUUUCCUGUUCACAGCGGACGGUUUAAAACUAUUCCUCCCCCCAAAGACAUUUCCUUUACAAUUAGGGGAGACUGCCAAGUUAAGUGUGACUGUGACCAACGACAAAUCAAAUGCCUCUCAGCCAGAGGUGAGUGUGAACAUCAACACAGAACAGUUGGACACUUCCGGGCUAGGCAUUAUCAAACCCAUGUCUGGUGAUGUCACCCAGUCAACAGAACACUCGAAGGCUACGUGUAAUACCAGCCAUCGUAAGACACGUUGGAGGGCUGGCAUUAACCCUGGCAUGUGUUAUGUGAAAAAACUGUAUGGUGGCUUUGACUGCAUGUUCUGUAUCUUCCAGUAUCUCAAUAUGAAGGACUUGCUCAGGGUUGCCAUGGUGUGCAGAACGUGGAGGCAGCUAGCCAUGCAUCCUAGUCACUGGAGAAAUUUGAGGCUCAGGGGUUUGAAGAUCCUGGACUGGGAAAAAGCAAUCAACUUCAUGUUAUUACGAGCUGUACAGUCACUGAACCUUCGAGGGCUGGUUCACGAUGGGGACAAAAACCGCACAUGGCACCAACUUAUACCCCACAUCCACAAACUGACGUGUCUGCGGGAGAUCUCCUUCGGCAUCGUUCCAGCCUCUGUACUACACAUGGUCAGCGAGAAGGUCUCCUGUCUGGAAGAGUUCAAUUCCGAGAUGAUAACGGAUAUGACAAACCAACAAAUGUGGUCUGUGCCUACCAAACUGGACGUGGGUAAGUUCUCAGCCCUGACUCAGCUUAGAAAGUUGCGACUGCGAGGAGUGGCAGGUCUCCUGCUUCCGUCCUUUUCCUUCAGUGGUGGAUUGGCCCAGCUCGGAACCAUGAAGAAUCUCACCACAUUGUCACUGACGUCCUUGAAGGAGGUAGAUGACCAGGAGUUUGGAUUCCUCUCAGAACUGACGAAGCUGGAAGUUCUAGAGCUAGGUCACUGCUCCACUUGGUCGUCAGAGACUUACUUCCACCUGGGGCGACUACAUCAGCUGAAGUGUCUACGGCUGGAGAGUGGGGGAGAGAUACCAGACAUUGGUCUCGGGGACUCUCUCCUCAAUAUGAAACAACUGGAGAAACUUGAACUAAUAAUGUUUGUGAUUGCCGAGUCCCUACAUACAUCCCUCAGCCAGCUACAGAACCUAAGUCACCUGGUCAUAUGGCCAGACACGUCCAGUCAGCCUGCAGCAUUAGUGAAUUCCCAUGUACUGGCAGUCGUGUCAAAACUAGCGAAAUUGAAAAAACUGGAGUGGGGGAUCAUGGAGGACAAGUCAGUGAUGUGUGAUCGUAACGAUAACACAGACACUCAGAAAAUGUCGCGAGCAGAAUGGAUCCCAUUUCUGUCUGCAGGUUUACCAAUCGAUGGAACUGAAAUCCCAGACAAUGCAUCAGUUCAAUAUAUGAGUGUUCAUCAAUUUACUGAGAAACUUGCCAUUAUUCACCCAACUACAGAAAUUAAAGUGUUCAGUACAGAGUUAUUAAACACCAAGCCAGCACAGAUGAAUGAGGAAAGUUAGCAGUAGUGGUGUCGUGGAGAGGACUCGAGAUCUCAGUUCAAUGUAACCUGUCAACAGAGACUGGCUAGUAUGUCAUCGCAAUUACAGAUUUACUUAGAGACCUGUGCACAAAAUAACUUACCAAGAGAAACCAAGCAUUUCUCAAUACAGCAAAGCUUAGAGAUUAAUUAUUAUCAUGUCAAUAAAAUAGAACUUGCGAUUUGUCUAGAGAGACAAAUCAUUACUGCAAAACAAUACAUAUGAACCUAUCUAGAAAACAAGUGAUUUUGUCUAGAAAAUAGGACCUGUCUGUAAAUCAGCUAGAAAGAGCAUGUCUAAAGUCAGUUCAGGUAAUUUCUUUUAUCUGGAAAAUUCUUACUUAGUGAAUUGAAAAGGAGGGCUAAUAUGAUGUUGAACUUUCAAAAUGUAUUAUUGAACUUUAUGUGCUUUACAAACUGAAACAUUUUUUUUUCUAUUUAAUAGUAGAAAAAGUAAAAAGCUGAGUUUGAUUUUGAGUCACAAGGAUCAAAUAUGCAUGUGCUUAGAACAAAGAGUAAUUUUGAAUUUAAAACUUUAUAAUUAUUUGUAGGCACACGUCCGUCCAAUAACCAUGCUUCCUUUCUGAAUUAAACAGUGUAAAAAGAUAAUGUUUGACUGGUAGUACUUGUUUACUAGGAAAGGUUAAUGUUUACAGAGUUGAAUUAUAUAUACCACAACAGUUGUUGCAUCAUCCGAUACCCAUGGUCGAUUGCUUAUUGGUCAGUGUACCACAGUAGGCUGUGGGUAUCUGACAAUGCUGUGAUAAAAAAUGGUGAUCCUGCGUAAGAGUGUUUGUUCAUAUUUUGCUUGCAAAUUUGUUUUAGCUAGAUUUUUACAAUCAUGCAUAUGCUUGAUUAUACACGUGAUAUAGAAAAUGGAAAUGAGGAGUGCUUAGUUUUAGCUUCACCAACCAGAUAUGCAUACAGAGAUUUAAUAUUUGAGUCUAUGUUACUUUUGAAUAAUGUGUACAAACAUCUUACAGAUGUUUGAAUUUAAGGAAAAAUUUAAAUACUGAUUAAAGCCCAUGCAAAUUGAGUUUCAAGUCAUUUUACGUUGGUUUAGUUUCGACCAAAAAAAAAAUUGAUAAUAUAUGGCAGAUUUUUAUGAAAUAAAAUGAUAGAUAACCGAAUGUAAACAAAUUGUUAAAUGUAUUUUGUUAAAUAGUAUGUCAUGAAAGACAAUAAUAAAACAUGGAAGACAAGUAGAUGAAUGAAGUACGUUAUGUGAGAUGCUGAACUUAAACACACUCCCAUUUUAUAGUUGUCGUACAGUGGUACAAAAAAAAACUACAUGUAAAGACAGUUAACAUCUUCCUGAAGUGUUUACUUGUUUACAGGGAAAUUCAGCUGUAGUUUUGAUCAUUACACAAAAAUAAACUUGGAAAUCCUAUAAGACACCUGUUCAAAUAAUGCCUAAGAUCAUGGACAUGUGUACAUGUUCAAUUCAUGUCUAGGAUGAACAAUCAUGUCUAGGAUAUAUUUCCAGAUAAUGGCCUAGGUCAACGAUAACUUUCCAAAUCCUGGCCAGGGUCAUGCAGGGACAUUAAAUUUAAAAAUAAAAUGUGGUGUCAAGGAAACUGUUAUAACAAUAGUAUUGUUCGCAAUGAAAUCUGUACUAAAACUGAAAUGACUCGCAUUGUCAAUGGCCCGUAAAACAAUAUCAAAACCAAACAAAAACUAGCUAGUAAAUACCACACUUAUCAAAGAUACUACCAUGUUUAAUUAUAUUAUUAUUUCUGGAAGUGUUAGAACUACCAAUAUACUUUUUAAUGGGAAGUAAAGUAUAUUGAUAUUGUCAACUUAGAAUUAAGAUUUAAUUUUUAAUCUCUGUUCAAUCUCGGUAUACUAUAUUUGAACAUAUGAGCACCCAGGGUGCUUAAAAAAUCAGAAAAGGUUGGGGUGCUUAAUACAGUGAAACCUGUCUAAUCCAAACCCUGAAUAUUCUGAAAUCUUGUCUAAUCCAAUCCCUGAAUAUUCUGAAAUCUUGUCUAAUCCAAACCCUGAAUAUUCUGAAAUCUCGUCUAAUUCAAUCCCUGAAUAUUCUGAAAUCUUGUCUAAUCCAAACCCUGAAUAUUCUGAAAUCUUGUCUAAUUCAAUCCCUGAGUAUAAUGCAGCUGUUUCUAAUGAAAAGUACCAAAUAUAUGUAAACCCUGUAUAAUUGGAUGUCCUGUCUAAUCUGACCAAUAUAUUGUAUCCCACAAGUGUUGGAUUAGACAGGUUUCCCUGUAAGAAUGAUAUGUAAGUAUGUGUUCAGUCCUGUUGUGUGUCUAUCCAUGUCAUGUUGCUUUGGUUUUCUAUCUCUGUUUAGUAAUUCGGUAUUAUUGAAAUGUAUUUUGCUGAACCUCUAUACUUCAGGGGUUAUGCUUACUUUCGCUCUCUGCACCCCUGGAAUAUGUCAUGAAAGGAUUGAAGGCUCAGUGUGCACCACCUUGUGGAUGAGAUGAGUAAACUCGUUUGAUUCUUUGAUGUACACCAAAAGAAUCUCAUGGUCGUGUAAUAUGAUGGUAAAAUUGGCUGGCUUUGAAGUCGGGUGUCGCUCCUCUGUAAUCUUCAAAGGACAGUUUACCAGUCUAGCGAUUGGUCAGGUUGUUUUUUUUUACCUGAGACCAAUCAUAGCGAGCAUCUUGCCUUCAAUUUUGCUACGACUUACUCUGGGGGUACAGAGAGUAAACGUGAUCGUAACCCCAGGAGUAUCGAGUAUGUUCCGUUACAUGUAUGACAGCAAUAAAAAGGUGGGAUACUUAUAAGAACAUUGGCGCUACUUAUUUGACGACAUUCAAAAUUGAUGUGAUACUGAUUUAUAACCCCGACAUAAACUUCCCCAGGCCAAGGUCACGGGAUCAAAGUCACGUAUGCUACAGUAGUACACACUUGAUCUUUCUCUUUGUGUUUGCAUGUGUUUUUAGUGCUGAACUUUAUAUUGAGUUUGUAUACCUGGGUAGUGCUAAAAUACUAAUUCUACAAAUACUCCAAUAUAGCAACCAGUUAGAGAAACUGAGGGAAAAACACUAGUUUUAGCACUUUAAUAUAGUGCUUAAAGUUGAUUUUUCUCUGCAUGCAUAGCUAGUGAUAUGUUUAAGGAAUGUGUCAAUAUGGUAAAUCUUAUGGAGUGAUUUUAGGUCGCACACCUUUAUUUGGCAUUGAAAUGUGAUAUACUGUAUAAGUGACAAUUUUUAGGGCGUGGAAAUGUGCAAAUAUAAAAAUACGGUAAACCUCCGGUCAGUACGAAUCGGACGAUAGUUCGAACACAUAUUUUUUUCAAUAAAAACAAAAAAAUUCUGCCUAGUGAUAGUUCAAGCUCUGAUUGUUUAUAAUUGACCCUAUUUCGGAUAGUCCCAACUUGUGAAAUGAAGAAGGUAAAGUAAGAUUUUUUUUCGGCAAACUCCAUUGAAAGAAUGCCAAUACUUUGAUCAACAGACACGUUUAGGGUAAUGGGUUGUAUGUGUGAUCAUUUCAGUACAGGUGUG